ACCCGCCCGCUAUGCUCCAGCAGCCCGGCAAGUGUGGCUGCUGGCUCCUGUCGCCAGUGCCGUCUGGGAGCUGAGUCGCACCCAGGUGUUCAGGACGGUGGCUGCUGGAGUGUGUGUUUCCCUGAGGGCGAGCGCCGAGCAGAACCGGCCCUGAGCCUCUUGCUCGCUCCUCCUGGCUGCGGUGCAUGUUCGCCUCCUGCCACUGUGUGCCGAGAGGCAGGAGGACCAUGAAAAUGAUCCACUUUCGGAGCUCUAGCAUCAAAUCGCUCAGCCAGGAAAUGAAAUGCACCAUCCGACUGUUGGACGACUCGGAGAUCUCCUGCCACAUCCAGAGGGAGACCAAAGGGCAGUUUCUUAUUGACCACAUCUGCAACUACUACAGCUUGCUGGAGAAGGACUAUUUCGGCAUUCGUUAUGUGGACCCAGAGAAGCAGCGGCACUGGCUUGAACCUAACAAGUCCAUCUCCAAGCAAAUGAAAUCUCAUCCACCAUACACCAUGUGCUUUAGAGUGAAAUUCUACCCACAUGAACCCCUGAAGAUUAAAGAAGAGCUCACAAGGUACCUUUUGUACCUGCAGAUUAAAAGAGACAUUUUCCAUGGUCGCCUGCUCUGCUCCUUCUCCGAUGCUGCCUACCUGGGUGCCUGUAUUGUUCAAGCUGAGCUUGGUGAUUACGAUCCUGAUGAGCAUCCUGAGAAUUACAUCAGUGAGUUUGAGAUCUUCCCUAAGCAGUCACAGAAGCUGGAAAGAAAAAUAGCAGAAAUUCAUAAAAACGAACUCAGAGGCCAGAGCCCUCCGGUUGCUGAGUUUAACUUACUCCUGAAAGCUCACACUUUGGAAACCUAUGGGGUGGACCCCCACCCAUGCAAGGAUUCAACAGGCACAACAACGUUUUUGGGAUUCACUGCUGCAGGCUUUGUGGUAUUCCAGGGAAAUAAGAGAAUCCAUUUGAUAAAGUGGCCAGAUGUCUGCAAAUUGAAGUUUGAAGGGAAGACAUUUUAUGUGAUUGGUACCCAGAAAGAGAAAAAAGCCAUGUUGGCAUUUCAUACUUCAACACCAGCUGCCUGCAAACAUCUCUGGAAAUGUGGGGUGGAGAACCAGGCCUUUUAUAAGUAUGCAAAAUCUAGUCAGAUCAAGACUGUGUCAAGCAGCAAGAUAUUUUUUAAAGGAAGUAGAUUCCGAUAUAGCGGUAAGGUUGCCAAAGAGGUGGUGGAGGCAAGCUCCAAAAUCCAGAGGGAGCCUCCGGAGGUGCACAGAGCCAACAUUGCCCAGAGCCGUAGUUCGUACUCCUUGAACAAGCAACUCAUCAUUAACAUGGAGCCCCUGCAGCCCUUGCUGCCUUCCCCCAGCGAGCAGGAAGAGGACCUUCCACUGGGUGAGGGUAUUCCUCUGCCCAAAGAAGAUGGCAUUUCUGCACCCUUGAUCUCCAGCUCACCAGUGAAGGAAGCCCGGGAGUAUGAAGAGCCCUCAAGUGAAGAGGAAGAUAAAAUGAAAGAAGAGCCUUUGACUAUCUCUGAACUGGCGUACAGCCCAAGUGCUAGCCUGCUCCCCACCCCAGUUGAUGAUGAUGAGAUCGACAUGCUCUUUGACUGUUCAUCUCGGCAUGAGUUGGAAAGAGAAGACACAGAUUCGUUUGAGGAACUGGAAGCGGAUGAAAAUGCCUUUCUGAUGGCAGAGGAAGAGGAGCUGAAGGAGGCUCACCAAGCUUUGUCAUGGAGCUAUGACAUUCUGAGCGGCCAUAUUCGGGUGAACCCACUGGUCAAGAGUUUUUCCAGGCUCUUUGUGGUGGGUCUGGGCCUGCUGCUCUUUGUAUUCCCCCUGCUCCUCCUCCUUUUGGAGUCAGGUAUUGAUCUCUCCUUCUUAUGUGAAAUCCGCCAGACACCAGAGUUUGAGCAGUUUCACAUUGAGUAUUACUGUCCUCUCAAGGAGUGGGUGGCUGGCAAAGUAAACCUCAUUCUCUACAUGCUGGGUUGCUCAUAAAAUGCAUCUCUCAUAAGACUAAGGGCUAUAUUCAAUACUAGUGAUUUGUUUUUUCUGCAAAUGCCUGGUUCUGAGUGGUCAUGGAGCCGUCAACAGGUGUUCUUUGCUCAAAACUGAUUAUUCAAACCUUUAAGCUAACUUUCCAUAAUUCACUACACUUAAAUAAGUUUAAGUCAAAUACAGUCAUUUUUGUUAUGGGUCAGGAAGAUGGCCUUUAAAUAACCAAAAAUGUUUAUUUUUAUUAUAUCAUGGCAUACUCUUUAUCUAUUAUAUCAUAAUACAUUUCUAUUAUUCCAUAAUACAUUGAGCUGAAUUAGGUUUCCCCCUUUUAGAUAAUUAGCAUCAUUAUAGGCUAUAAGGUUCAGAAUCAGAAUUUUAGUAAUAAUCCAAGAGAAAGCUUUUGAAUAUAAUCCUUAGUGAAAACAAUGUCCUCUAACCAAUGCCUAUACAACUAAAUUUAUGCUGGGUUUUUGUUUUUUUAAAAAUAUUUUUAUGUGUUCAGAAUAUUUUGGUAAAUUUUUAGCAAAAAAAAAAAAACCCUCCUGGAGUUAUUUAAUUGUACAGAUUGUAAGACUAAUGCACAAAAGGUAUGUUGGGCAUUUUUUAAUGUUUUGGCACUGGUUUGUUUAAAAAAUAUUUUUGGCUGAAAAAAAUCACAUAAUUUGUUGUUAGCUACUUAUGAGUUAGAAAAUAGGUAGAAAGACUGUGGUAAGUAAGCUCCUAAAACAAAUGAUGGAAAUGGAGGAUGUAGAAACGGAGCAUCAUCAAGUGGACACAGGGUGGUCCCUUUUUCAAAGUAUCUGGACAAGAUGACUAGUUACUUUCAUUUGCAUUCCGCCUAAAUAUUUUGGCUGAGGAAGCAGAACAUUUUUAAAAGAGUGAAACUUUAAAGGAAAAGAAUGAAAAGAGAUGCAGUUAAUUGCAUGUUAUUGUACAGUAACCCAAGAGUGGAAGCAGAUGGGAAAUGGACAAAUGGCAAGUAGCAAAAAAAGUUUUGGUGAGGCUGGUAGUCUAGUGGUGGUAGGAAAACGAUUGAUUUUAUGGAAGUGCUGGUGAUACAAGGUGUUGGAUGAUGUAAAGAACAGUGUACUCGCUGUCCAAAUUGACAUGAAUAUGUUUAAGUGGAUCUAAAUAAAAGUGGAGAAACUUGAAGGCACA